AUGACCGAUACGAACGAUAUGCCCGCUUCGACUUCGACAUUCACCCCAACGUCGACGUUCACGAAUGAAACCCUCAAUCUUAAUAUCACAUUUACCGAAGCAGAGCUGGAGGAAAUGGAAAAGUACUGCAUCCCCUCUCAUCCACCAAUACCCAACACGGCGAGGAACUCGGAAGACCCAUGGGUUCCUGUGGAUCGCGUCGAGAAACUUGCCUCUCGCGAUAGCGCUAGUUCUGCUUCUUCCACUUCGAGCGUCCAAGUUUACCACUCCGAUAGCACACACGCGAUCUCUCUUGCUCAAGAACCAGAGCCGACUUUCGACUGGAACUUCGAUUACGAGCCUCUGAUAUUCAAGGAAGUCGACACGUCUGGAUCUGCCUCCUCCUCUUCGAAUUCCUCUUCGAAUUCAUCGAUACCUUCGCCUCCUCGCACCGAUGCGGUCACGACAUCUUUCCUACCUCCUUCUGCGUCGACAUCCGCCGUUGCUGUCGUGACUGAUUUCGACUUCAGUUCCACUCCAGAGUCUGCGUUUGGAAGUGAUAUGACACUUCCUUCUGGCCCGCUGACGAAUUUCGACGAAGACUUCAUGUGGAGAGCGCUAUCCGGGUUCGCCCAUUCGACCACACAGACUACCGCCUUCGACACGUCCACGUCGUUCAGCAGCGGCAUUUCUGGGCACGGGUUCGUCGACUACAGUGCCUGGAACUCAGCCACACCGUCGAUCCCACCCGUGGCUAUUCCGGUAGCUGAAUAUGCGUCGUAUCUUCCCGCCCAAGUUCACCCGUACUUGAAGACAUUUCCCUACUCCCCAGAAUCAGUAGUUUGGCCACAGCCGGUACCUCCCGUUGGAUUUACAGCUGGAACUUCACAACCAGGGACUUGGAGGGAGGGGUACUCGUUGGACACGCACGGCUUCGAGUUCGCGUCAAAGCCAUCAACGCCUGCGGUGCCGUCGUGUGCGUCUGCGGCUCGGCCUGCUCAGACUAAAUCUACACCGGUGCAGAAACAGGAGAACAAUUUUUCACUCUACGAUUUCGGAGACCUGACGACGUUGCCGACUGCCACCACCAGCGCGCUCUUCACUUCUGCGGCAAACUACGAUUCGCCAUACAGUGCCUCAACGCCUGGUGCAUACGCAUCACCUUUGCACCUGAAUAUCGCGACCCUACCGUCCUGUGAACCGUCGCCGGCCACGGAUUCUGUAAGAGGAACUCCCAUUGGGGAUUUAUCUACCCUCCCAAUGUCUCAAGCGACCAGCGGAACGCCUCGAAAUACCCCAAUUGUUAUCCCUUCCUCCCUUCCUCUCGAACGCCUCGCUUCCAAUUCCUCCGGUGUUCAGCGGCGCUCGCCUUCUGCUCAUCGCUACAACCCCUACGCGUCGCGUAGAACCAAGGGGGAGGCGCAUGAUACCCCUUGCAUCCCCACACAGGCGCUCACACCCAUCUCGAGGACUUCGACUCCGUUGAAGAGAAGCCCAGCCCUCCCGCUGGCGGGGCUCAAUGAUACGGUCGCGUUUAUCUCGCGAACGAAGAACCGCAGGCCUAUAAAGCUCGAGGAAGAGGGCACUCAAGGACAGGCAAAAGAGUCCAGAAGCUCUGGCGGAGCGACGCGGACGCGUCCAUCCCGCGCCUCACACCGUCUCGCGCCGUACUCGAUUCCUGACCGCAGUACCUCUGCGCCGAUACCUUCCCCUUCUACCUUCCCCUCUCCUGAAACUCGCAACUCGUCUUCUUCUCCGCCGUCGCCGCCGUAUAUGCCCUCGUCGUCUCGCUCGCGUCCUCGCGCUGCACCUGCACGGCCGGCAACCACGUCGCCGCCGAACCCAUCGAGGCGUCGCAAGCCGCGCCCCGAGGGCCAGACAACUUUCAGCUAUUCGGGGACGGUUAAGCAAGUGCGAUCCUGUGCAGAUUCGGUCUGGUCGUGA